AAAAGAUUUUAUGACUAAAUUUCAAUUGUAACACUUCCAUGAGUUUUGAUAACUAGGAAUACAAGUCAGUUAAGAAAACUGCAUAACAACGAUAUCGAGCCAGUUUAUAUUUUUCAUUUGUUCACAUCAAAGAUAUAUGAAAUUGUAUUCAGAAUGAGGAGCAAAAAACAAUCGUUUACACUAUCUCAUGAUAUCAAUUAUAAUUCCAGGUCUACCCUGAAUAACAAUGAAGCAAUCGACCUAUCAUCCAUUAGUGGAAGCUGUGAAACAAUGAGAGAAAAUAUUUAUAAUCCGUACGAACACAGGAUAUUACAACACCCAAAUACUUAUUUUGGAGCUGUUGUACACAUUGCCAAAGGAUCAUUGGGUACAGGAGUACUAGCAGUUCCUAGGGCCUUCAAAACUGCUGGCCUUCUCGUUGGUACCAUCGGUACAGUUUUAGUAGGAAUUCUCUGCACUUAUAAUGUGCACUUAUUGGUUUCAGCAUCUCUGAAAAUAUGUGUGAAGACGAAAACUCCAAGUUUGGGAUUCUCAGAGUCUGUUGAAGAGAUUUUCAAGAAUGGACCAAUGCCAAUAAGAUCCUGGUCGAAAUUUGCCAAAAUAUUCGUGGAAAUUGCUUUGUGUCUCACAUAUUAUCUUGCUAUUGCUGUCUAUGCAGUCUUCAUAUCCGAAUCUCUAACGAAGCUGGUGUCGUUCUACCACCCGCCCGCCUCCUCAUGGAACCUCUACUUCAUCCUCGUCCUCUUCGUCCUGCUGGUCGUCUGCUGUCAGAUCAGAGAGUUGAAACGGCUGGUGCCCUUCUCGGUGGUGGCCAAUAUGGCGAUGGUCACCGCCUUCCUCAUCACCCUGUAUUACAUGUGCGAGAGGAUGGCCAAGGUGAACGUCGCUGAGCGCCAUCUGGCGACGAGUUUGAGCGCCAUUCCUUCUUACUUCAGCACCGUCCUGUUCGCCAUGGAGGGCAUCGGCACCAUUCUACCAGUGGAGAACUCGAUGUCCGAGGGGCGAUUUUUGGGAUUCGGGGGCGCUCUGAAUCUCGCCAUGGCCUUCGUGGUCACGUGUCACACAACCAUCGGCUUCUGCGGGUAUUACGCCUUCGGUGAGGACACCAAAGCUGCCAUCACCCAAAAUCUGCCCUCCGACGAAAUUCCCGCCCAAGUGGUCCAGGGCUGCAUCUCCGCCUCGAUGUUCUUCACGUUCAUGUUGAACCAUCAUGUGCCGACGGAGAUCCUGUGGCGUCGGUUGCAGCCCUACGUGCCCACGGGCAAAGAGGGCGUGGCUCAGGUGGCGCUACGCUCGUCGACGGUGACGUUUGCCAUGUUGGUGGCGGCGGCAGCCAAUAAGAACCUCGACGCGCUUAUGGACCUGGUGGGGGCGGUCUUCUUCUCCAUUUUGGGGCUGUUCGUGCCCGCGGUCGUGGAUAUCUUGGUGAAUUGGUCAGCGUGGGGCAGGUAUCACUGGCGGCUGCUCCAGGAUGGUGUUUUGAUUGUGAUGGCUUUGUUCGCUUUGGUUUCCGGUACUUAUUAUGCUUUGUGAUUAAAUUGUUUCGAGUAUUUGCUGUUUUUUUGAAAACUUCUACCUCUGGAAGUGAGAUUUUGAAGUUUUCCAUGUGCUCAGAUGAUCUGC